ACAGACAUUCACUGCACAUAGAAAAGGAAUAAAUAAUUGUUUGUUCAUUCUUGGAAAGAGAAAUUGCAAUUUGCUUUGAAAUUCUGAUGCAAGUAAAAUAGAUAUUUUAUUAACAGGGGGAUUUUUUAUUAAUUUAGGCAACUAAUUCAAAAAAUAUCUGAGAUGCCUGUCAGGAGAGCAGCUCAUGCUGGUAGUUGGUACACUGAUUCAGGUCCUGAAUUAUCCCGACAAUUGGAUUUUUGGCUGAACCAAGCUGAUUUAAGCCAUGGACCUGCUAGAGCUAUUAUAGCACCUCAUGCCGGCUACCAAUACUGUGGUGCAUGUGGAGGUCACGCUUAUAGGCAGAUAAGUCCAGUAGUUGUGAGGAGGGUGUUCAUAUUAGGACCGUCACACCAUGUCCGACUUUCAGGUUGUGCCUUGUCUAGUGCCCAAAAAUAUGAAACUCCCUUGUAUGAUCUCACCAUCGAUAGUAAAGUUAAUUCUGAACUGGAGAUGACCGGUCAGUUUGAAUGGAUGGACUUGGACACUGACGAAAAUGAACACAGCAUCGAAAUGCACCUACCCUAUAUUGCCAAAGUUAUGGAAGACUAUCAGAGUCAAUUCACCAUCGUUCCCAUCCUAGUUGGGUCGUUGAGUCCUGAUAAAGAAGCUUGUUACGGUAGGAUUCUGUCGACCUACUUGGCUGACCCACAAAACUUAUUCAUCAUAUCAUCGGACUUCUGUCAUUGGGGCCAGCGUUUUAGGUACACCUACUAUGAUAGAUCCUUUGGAAACAUCCAUCAGUCCAUAGAGAGAUUAGAUAAGAUGGGUAUGGACAUCAUAGAGAAUCUGAACCCGACUGAAUUCACCAAUUAUCUGAAGAAGUAUGGCAACACGAUCUGCGGUCGCCAUCCAAUAGGGGUACUACUACAGGCCGUCCAAGAAAUACUGAGGAACGAUCCGAGUCAAAGCGCUAGUUUCAAAUUUUUGAAAUACGCUCAAUCCAGUCAAUGCAGGAACAUGAAUGAUUCUUCUGUUAGUUACGCAUCGGGAGCUUUGUUAUUCGAAUAACUAUUGUGGCCUUAAAACUGACCGGAGGCUCCCUUUCUCGAAUAAUUAAUACAGGGUGUCAUUUUGUGUUUAGGAAAACACAUUUCUGUGGUAUUACGUUGCUUAAAUGAUCAUUAUUAAUUUUUAGUUGGAUUUUAUUCCUUCGAUAUACAUUUUGUUGUUUUCUGGUAUAACGAGAAAUAGUUUACACUGUAUUGGGAUAAUAACGAUGAUAUAUUUUAUGGAUGUUUUUCUCAUUCAUUAUGUAGAGUUUUUCGAAUAAAGGAACGAUGUGCAAUGAUUCAUGGGGCCUCUGUACUGUUUACUUAAACGUACAGGCUGUUCGAUGGAGGUCUCGCGGUUUUAUAUGAAAUUUUAUUUUUCAAAAUUACACGAAUCGCACAGCCUGUAUGACUGCCCGGGUGCUCGGAGAUGGAGCCCCGACACUUACAUCUAGAACAACGGUCGAUUAAAUGUACUGUUCUCAUUCCAUAAGUAAGUUUUUUACUCAUGUGUGUUUUUAAGAAUUUAUAAGAGCUUUUAGAGAUUAGAAUGUGUAAUCCUU